UUGGUCAGUCUCAGUGUCCUGCACCCAUGGGCACAGCGGUUUAGGGGGGUGCCGCUCACGCACAGUCCCAGAGGGGUACCAACAAAAGACGUCACCACACUAGGUCAGAAUCGUUGGUUUCAGCUUGAAGAGGGGGGCGACACCAGAGUGACCUAUCAACUUUGGGGGUGAAACUUGUAAUCUCACGUAAACGGAAUAUCUCUUGCUCCAUACUUCUUCGAUAACUAAUUUUCUCACAUUUUCUCAAGGUCCUACUACACUGAAUUGGAUCAUAAACAAUCUUUUGGCGACAAUUUUUGCCUUCAGGUGAAAGCGUUUGGAUUAUCCUCGAAGGUCAACUCUGCCGUUUACCAUCUAAGGGAUCUGCCUACUUAUCCUCUCCACUUGGAACAACUUAGAUGAGCUCAACCUGCUAAUAACUGAUCAAACAAGUGCAAAUCCUGCACUGACAACUGCAUGCCUGCUCUUUUUUUACUUGCAGUUUGCCAUCUUUGAAAUGAGACCGUUUUUGAUCCAAAUUCACUGAGCUCCGUCCUCUUCUCCCCCGUUCUCCUUCUCUUACUCGUUUCUCCUGUCUUCGUUUGGAUUGGUGCAUAGUGGUGAGCCCUUGAAGAUGCUGCUGAAAAUGAAGUUCAACCAGCAGAGGCGGGUGCGUCUGGCCCAGGGACUGUGGCUGCUGUCGUGGCUGGCAGUGAUGUGCGGGGCCUUUAUCUUCUGUCUGGGGGUUUUCCUCAAGAUAGAGCUGCUCCGUAGGAAUGAGGUGAUGGACAACACAGAGAUCCAUGUGGUGCCCAACAUCCUAAUGAUGGUGGGUCUGGCCUCCAUUGGCACCAACUGGGCUGCUACUCGUGUGUGUCAGGACUCCCUGGAUGCCAGCCGCUUCCCCCGUUGGAAGGUUCUCCUGUUGGCCUGGUUUGCUGUUGCUGCAAUGCUCUGUUGCCUGCUCAUCUCCGUGGUGGUGCUCAGCUAUGCCCUGCAGGGACGCCUGGAGGAGUCACUGAAGAUUGGCCUCAGGAAUGGUAUUCGUUUCUACAAGGACACAGAUGUACCAGGCCGCUGUUUCCAGAAAGAGACCAUCGAUCAUCUGCAGAUGGAGUUUCGCUGUUGUGGAAACAACAAUUUCAGGGACUGGUUUGAGGUUCAGUGGGUCAGCGGCAGAUACCUGGACUUCACCUCUAAAGAUGUGAAGGACCGUAUCCGGAGUAAUGUGGAUGGACGUUACCUGCUGGACGGCGUUCCUUUCAGCUGCUGUAACCCUGCCUCCCCUCGCCCCUGCCUGCAGAACCACCUGACAGACAACACUGCCCACUACAACUAUGACUUCCAGUCAGAGGAGCUCAACCUGUACAGCCGGGGCUGUAGGCAGGCGCUGAUCGACUAUUACAUGGGCCUAAUGAAUUCAACCGGUCCUGGCGUGCUGUCAGUCAUCUUAAUACAGAUGUCGGUGCUCCUGAGCCUGCGUUACCUGCAGACGGCUGUGGAAGGAGCCAUGGCACUGGAGGACCCAGAGGGCGACAGUGAGGGUUAUCUCCUGCAGAAGGGAGUGAAAGAAACCUUGGAGGACGUCAAAGCCAAUGUCCUCACCAUGCUAAAGUUUACGCAGGUCGACCCCACUACCGACGGGGAGUCCCCAGAGGCAGCAGAUGCCUAGAAAGCUGCCUCCUCUACUCCUGCAAGCUAGAAGCAGAAAAACAAAAUCACAGAUGAGAUGUUUGCGGAAUGGAUGCGGAGGAGGGGAUGGGGGAAGGCGAUGUGAUGUCAACGGUUCUUGGUUAUGUGAGUUGGCUGGUGGCAGGUAGAGCACCUGUUUGGCUUUGACAUGUUUUGUUAUAUACUCCACUGAUGCAGCAGCUGCAGCUCCCUCACACACACACACACACACACACAGCCAAAACAAGGCAUCACACGGGGGUGUUCCUGCACAGACACCAAAACAAACAUCUCCUCUGUGCAGGAGCUCAUGAAUGAGUAAACAUCAGAGAAUCUGCUCGGGAGAUGUGUAGUGACUUUUUAUUGUAUCUAGAAAAGAGUAUACAUUCAGUUCAUAUGGAUGUAGCGUAUAAGCACAGAGACACAUUUUCAAAACUACGACUCAAAUUUGUGGUUUUGAAAUUCAUCCCAUGUGCACGAGUUUGUACUAAAGUGCAAUAACAUGCUUAGGAAUUUGAAAAUGCACCUGAAUUACACAUUAAAGGUAGACGUUUUUAACUGC